GUCCGUGAUGUUUACGGCGAUUUUCCGUUCUGCUAUUAAGUCUAGCGCUACCUAGUUUUAUCCUCCAAGUCUUUCAGAUAUGUUACGUGCAGUGUCUGUGGACUUCCCUGCCACGUGGGGAUCACUAAAAGAUGUAGUAUAUAAGCUUCUUCGGUGCGAUUUUGUUGACAGGGAUUUGUGGAAUUCUAGUUUCGGCUAUGUGUAUAGCUUAUGUACUUCAAGUCCGGUUUCUCAUGCAUCUACUUUGUAUAAAUCUACUACAACACUCAUUAGCGAGAGGGUAGAAGAAAUAGCAUCAGAGUUAGAGGUCAUGAGUGACUCUGAUUUACUUCCUAGAUAUGUCAAGUUUUGGGAGUCAUAUCAUCGCGGACUUACAUAUCUAGAUAUCCUUUAUAGAUAUAUGAAUACGCAGCACGUAAAGAAUUUAAGGCCAUCAGAAGCCGAUAUGUGCUAUGGGGCGGCACUUCCUAUGGCAGAUCAGCAUACUAUGGAAAUUCUGGAGGUCGGCCUUGCUUUCUGGAGACUAUAUCUAAUCGAUUGUAUGAAAAGUCGAUUGUCCUCUUGCUUGAUGCGCGAAGUUCUCAACGACAGAUUGGGAAUUUGUGGACAACAGAAUUGCAUACAUCCAUGUUUGGCUUCCCUUUUAAGAGUUGGAGAAGUAAGGGAUUUUGAAAGAGCUGGAAUGGAAAUAUACAACCAAAUAUUUCAGAACCCUCUGAUUGACGCUACGCGGUCAUUUUACUCGCAAUGGGCAUGUCAACGGGAGUCGGAAUUAGGAUGUGCUCAGUAUGUGACUGAGGCACUAGCUUUGCGGACAGAAGAACAUAAUCGGGCUAUACAAUAUUAUAAAUGUUCACUGCUACCAAUGCAAAAUUUGUUUCAAGAAAUAAUUGUUGAACAGCGUUUAAAUUUCCUUAAUAUGAACGUUCGCUAUGUUAUUGCUGAAGAGGAUAAAUCAAAUUUAAGAAAUCUUUUUCGGUUGCUAUCUCCGAAUAAUCUUUGUAACGAACUGUUACAUUGUUUUGGCGAAUAUGUUCGAACCAGUAUUUUAGAAGCUAUUUCCAACCUUCCAAAAGACUCUUCACUAAUACAGGUUCAUUUUACUGAGAGUCUCUUAAAUCUCCGAAGUAGAUUUUUGGAGUAUAUUGAUGAUGUUUUUGAUGGGAAAACUGGUUUCCGUAAUCAAAUGGAUAAAGCCUUUAAUUUGGCUGUGAAUAGUCGUGUACCUUCUUCAAGUAUUCUAGCCACAACAUCUAAACAAACUAAUUACAGACCAUCUGAAUUGUUAUGUCGAUACAUGGAUUCCUUAUUACGUAAAUCUGUCAAAACUAUGACUGUUUCAGAAAUUGAAACUAAGCUAACAGCGUCAAUUGCUAUUUUCAAGUAUAUUGAUGAUAAAGAUCUUUUCCAAAAGUAUUAUCAACGUAUGCUGUGCAAAAGACUGGUGUUCAAUUAUUCUUCCAUGCUUGAACUUGAAGAAUCUAUGAUUAAUCAGCUAAAAACUGUUUGUGGAUAUGAAUUUACUUCAAAAUUUCAGCGUAUGUUUAAUGAUGUUCAACUUAGUCCUGAGUUAAAUCGGAAGUUUAAUGAGUACUUACAAUCAAAAGAUAUACGUUUUACCUUUGGUCAUCAUUUUCAUGUUUUAACGCAAUGUUCGUGGCCAAUUUCACUUAGUGGUGUUACUGAUUUUUUACUCCCACUCGAAUUAUAUACAUGUACUUACCAUUUUGAAGAAUUCUAUACAGCCGCUCAUCAAGGAAGAAAAAUGAGAUGGGCACAUAGUUAUUCAACAGUGGAACUCCAAGUGCUUUUCACUGAUAAGACUUAUCAAAUACAAGCGCCUGCUAUUAAUGCUGCUAUCCUACUAUUUUUUGAUCACAUGGACUCUGAUCGUAUCAAAGUGAAAGAUCUGCAUUUCGGGUUACAACUAGCGGUAUCUGAAGGUCGACCAACUAUAAGUAGUGAAAAUAACUCUACAUCUAAACGAAGUGUUCCAACCACUGACUCUUCAAUUACCAGUAAAAUGGAAACUUGCUCACAAGAUGUGUUGGAUUCUUCAUGUGAACUGGAUCUUAUUCAACGACUUUUGACACCACUAAUUGAAUUGAACAUAAUAUAUGUUGAAGCAACUGAAGGGCAAAGUAGUAAUUCAUCGGGUAACAUCGUGACAGUAAGUUAUUGAUAGCAUAAUACAUCUAACCACGUAUAUAUUUGCGUAGAUGGAUAGCGUUAUAGCCCUAAACCGUUCGUUUACAAGCAAACGUCUAAAGCUAAGGGUGAAUUUCGGCUCUCAAGGAAAAGAAUCAAACCAGGUUAGUUACUUUUAUAAAUGUAUAUGCUUCCACCUAAAUUUAUAUAAUUAUUAACCUGACUACAAUUAAAAUGGUGAAGUAAAAGAUGGGUGGCCCAAACUCCUUGCAUAUUGAUAAGAAAAUUGUAUUUUUAUUAAACUAAGUUCUGUUACAAAAUCCCUGGAACAAUAUAUUUAUGAUGACGAGUAAACCAAACGAAGAUUAGCUUUUGAUCAUGUAACCGUAACAGGAAACAGAUUAGUGGUUUGACUUGUGGGAAUACUAGAAUGUCUAAGCGGAUACUUACAAAUACUUUAGGAUUUUAUAUAUCCAUUAAUAGACAGCGCCAUAUUUGUGAAGUCUAUUCGUAACAAUUACAUGCUAAGACUAGUAUUCCCUUUACACACAAGAGCUAGAAAAAUAGUAGACGAUAACUUAAUUUUAUCAACACUUCCCAUACUGUUUACAUCACAAACUAGACCCAGGAAACCACUUGAAAUUUGUUUCGUUCUAGCAUGGGACUAGUAAGCAAUGGCCAUUCAGAACCCCGCUGAGAGUUGAACCCAGAAUCUUCAGGUCUUGCGGCAAGAGCUUAAGUUUUUGAUCAUUGAGCUGGCAUCCAACAGCUCACAUGACUAACUUUAGUCAAUUAAGACACUGGUUCUGAUAAUAGUGAUGCACUUAGUUUCCUUCCUUUCAUCUCCGUCAACCAGACGUUCAACUCAUUUUAUUAUUUUGCUUCUCUGCAGUUUCGAGAUAAGUAACAAAUCAAUCUAAUGCAUUGUUUUGGUAACCUUUACGUAGUUUGUUAUGAGAUACAUUUAAUUAAGUAUAUGUUUGUAAUACUAAUUAAAUCAGAAAGUGUGAGGUUCACUGAGCCUCUUAAAGCCAUUGUUUCUAAGCAAAUCUAAAUUUGUUUUGCUGUUUACUUUGCAGUCGGAAGCUGAUCAGGUUGAUCGUCAAGUGAACGAGGAUCGGCGUUACUUCAUACAAGCUGCUAUUGUGCGAAUUUUAAAAGCUCGAAGACAGAUAAAGCAUGCACAGCUUAUUGAAACUAUUUUACAGCAAGCAUCUAACCGCUUCCAACCACCGAUACCACUAAUCAAGCGUUGCAUUGAAGGUCUAAUAGAUACUGGCUAUCUUGAACGAAAUCCAGAUGAUCCUGAUCAAUACAGUUAUCUUGCAUAAUUCCAAGUGCUUUAUUUUUAAUAAAUUACAAAUUUAUUGGGAUGCUGUAAAUAUCAAUAAAUAACACACUAUAAGGGAUUAAAUUGCUCCUGUUUUGCC